GAGAAGGCAAGAGGAAGCGAUGGAUGUGGCGGAAUUGCUGCGGUACCAGCCGGACAAAGGCACAAAACGAGGGCGAGAUGAUGAAUCGGAAGAGUUGAGGCCACAGAGAAAAGAGAGAGGAGGGAGGAACUGGCAUCGAGAUGAGGAAAGGGGGCUACCUCCAGAUGAGGAAAGGAAUGCAUUAGAUGAUGUUAUAGGUGACGAUGAGGAUGAGAGUGAAGCAAUGGAUGAGAGUGCAGUGAAACGGAUGAUCCUGAAUUUUAAGAGAUCCUACAAGAACCAAGAACUGCGUAUUAAAUUCCCAGACAACCCUGAGAAGUUCAUGGAGUCAGAAUUAGAUCUAAAUGAUAUGAUCCAGGAGAUGCAUGUUAUUGCCACUAUACCAGAUCUGUACCAUCUUCUUGUGGAGCUCAAUGCUGUGCAGUCUUUACUUGGAUUGUUAAGUCAUGACAAUUCUGAUGUGUGCAUUGCUGUGGUUGACCUGCUGCAGGAACUAACAGAUAUUGACACACUUCAUGAGAGCGAAGAGGGUGCCCAGGUCCUUAUAGAUGCACUGUUGGAGGGCCAAGUUGUUGCUCUCCUGGUGCAAAAUCUGGAACGUCUGGAUGAAUCUGUGAAGGAGGAGUCAGAUGGAGUUCACAAUACCCUAGCAAUCAUUGAGAAUAUGACUGAGUUUCGCCCUGAAAUAUGCUCAGACGCUGCACAGCAGGGACUCCUCCACUGGCUGCUCAAAAGGCUGAAGGCCAAGAUGCCUUUUGAUGCCAACAAGCUGUACUGCAGUGAGAUUUUGGCCAUUCUUUUACAGAACAAUGAUGACACUCGGGGGUUACUCGGGGAGCUGGACGGAAUAGAUGUGCUGCUUCAGCAGUUGUCGGUUUUCAAGCGCCAUGAUCCAGGAACCGCAGAAGAGCAGGAGAUGAUGGAGAAUCUGUUUGAUGCUCUUUGCUCCUGUCUAAUGCUCGGCAGCAACAGAGACCGAUUCCUGAAGGGAGAGGGUCUGCAGCUGAUGAACCUCAUGCUCAGAGAGAAGAAAAUGUCCCGUUGCAGUGCACUGCGAGUAUUAGAUCAUGCCAUGAUCGGCCCAGAGGGCACAGAUAACUGUCACAAGUUUGUGGACAUCCUUGGGCUUCGAACCAUCUUUCCUCUUUUUAUGAAAUCUCCCAAAAAGAUGAAGAAAACUGGUGUCUCUGAGAAGGAGCACGAGGAACAUGUAUGCUCCAUCCUGGCCUCAUUGCUACGGAACCUGAGAGGUCAGCAGAGGACACGUCUUCUCAGCAAGUUCACAGAAAGUGACUGCGAGAAGGUGGAUCGACUCAUGGAGUUGUACUUUAAAUAUCUGGAGGCUGUACGGGUGGCCGACAAGAAAAUAGAGGGAGAAAAACAUGAUAUGGUGCGCCGAGGUGAGAUUUUAGAUGAUGACCUUGAGGAGGAGUUUUACCUGCGAAGACUGGAUGCUGGCCUCUUCCUGCUUCAGCUCCAGUGUUAUAUCACAGCGGAGAUCUCUAACGCCAACCUGCCACAGAUUCGUCAACGAGUGCUGCAAAUUCUAAACAUGAGGGGAAGCUCUAUAAAAAUAAUGAGACACAUCUUAAAAGAAUACUCUGAGAGUAUUGGCGACGGUAAGAGUGAAGAAUUCCGGGAGAGUGAGCAAAAGCGAAUUCAGGAGCUGCUGGAGACACUAUAACUACCAUUCUUCCUUCUCAAAAUGCACCAUAAAUACCCUUCUCUAAGCAAUCUAUAUGUAAAUAGAACUUUAACAUUUGGAUUCACCAUUUUAUCCUCCAGCCCGCCUCAUCCUCUGUCCAUCGGCUACUUUUUUUUUUGGACGUGACUGCGUAUCCAAGGUGAUGUCAUUCAAAGGUCCAUGUUUGGUAUUUUUAUAUAAAGUGCAAUCAUCCUAAUUUUCAUCUCCUUCUGUUGUUUGGGGCCAUUCUUCUGUGCUUUAGCAGGAGAUUGCUGAAAAUAAACAAAAUCUGUACA